UGCUUGUGAAGAAUAUGAGUUCAAGAUAAUGUUAUUGUAAACGAGCUUAAUAAUGAAUCAAAUGAACAUUGACUUCGCCUUUCCUGCGGGAGAAGAAAGUGGUACAAGUAGUGACGAAUGGGAUAUCGGAUAUACCAGUUGCACCAAGACACUGGAGCCUCAGGUGUCUAAGGCGACUUUGCUGCCUGAGGACAAAGUGACCGUCCUGAAAAGGGCCAUUACGGCGGGGGACCUCGAUCUCGUGCGGCAGUUGCUAGACAACGGUUUGGACGUGGAGACACGUCUGGGCUUUGACUGGUCUCCUCUCAUGUGUGCUGUCCAUGUUGGUCACUGUGAGAUGGCCGAGAUGCUGCUGGACCGUGGAGCCUGUGCUAACUUCAGCAGAGACCAUUAUACUGUGCUAAUGGCAGCUUGCACAGCAAUUUCUGCCACCGAAGAGAACAUCAGCAAGUGUGUUGCUCUGCUGCUGAGUCGCCAUGCUGACCCAAAUGUCUACAGCAGGAAUCGCAUGACGUGCCUCAUGCUGGCCGCUAGGGACGGUUACGUUCAGGUGAUCAAUCUACUGGUGUCCCAUGGAGCAGAGCUGAACUUUCAGGAUGUUAGCGGCCACACGGCACUCAUGAUGGCUGUAUUGUACGGGCAAGAAGCCGCUGUUCUGAAACUACUACAGCUUGGAGCUGACAAGUCCAUUAUGAACAAGGCAGGUUGUACAGCAGCUGACCUGGCCAGAUCAAGCAAAAACCUGCAGAUCUACAGGAUUCUCAACUCUCCAAGAGACUCCAUGGUUAAUGGUACGCUGCCCUCCAAAGCUAAAUGUCACAACCAGAACCCCGGACCUGUUUCUUUCUCAAAGGAGAGCUCUGCUAAACUGUGUGAUAUUGAACUGCUACUGCAUGGACUGAAUCUGGAGCAACUGUCUGAUAUCAUGAUGGAAAAUGACAUCACAUGGAGCCACUUGUUGACCAUGGAAAAGGAGGAAUUAGAAAAGAUUGGAGUAACAGACCCUGAAGACCAAACGAAGAUUCUUAAUGCAGUUCAGGAGAUUCACAUGGACAGAAUUGAUCUGGACACCUUGAAUCAGCUUGACAACAUAGACAGUGGGGGUGAAGAGCUGUACAAAUUUCUGAUCAGCCUGCGGCAGCAGUGUUGUUACCUAACCGAGACGGUGCAGGAUGUCAUCCGCAGGUUUCCCCACAGCACCUCACAGCUUGUUCUGACUUGGGAUCCAAAGAAGGAGGCUCAGGCCAUAUGCACAGAGCUAGUGGCUCAGACCGGAGACCUGCAGAAAGAAGUGCUCUGUCUCAGGGACCUCCUCGGCAAGUUGGAUCCCAUCGAUUACACCUUCCAUACUCCUCUGCCCAGUUCCUGCAGCAGCAUGCGGAAACGAGUUAUAAAGAAGUUUGCGGUGGCUGUGCUUGGAGCAGGAUUACUGCUACUGCUGUCACAAGCAAGACACUUUAAAUCCUCCCUCUGAGAAUUAAUGUUUAGUUUUAAUGUUGCCAUCAGUAUUUUCCCUUUCUUUUAUUUCUUAUGUCAUUUAUCUCAUUUUGUUAACUGCUUGUAAACAGAGUUUUUCCUCGAAGUUUAACGUUGUAAAUGGUGUAUUAUGAUGGCUUGCUUUAUGUUAAAAAUGCAGCUGAUCAAUGAGAUCACAUGUAUUUUGUUUUGUAUAACCGU